AGGAGGGACUCCAUCAUUUAGAGAAGUGAACAGUUCCUGGUUUACCAGUGAAGAAGAAAGAGAGGCAGCGUUAAACCAUCAGAUCCUCCAACAUGAACGUCUGUCAGUCUCUGAUCUGCUUCGUCUUCCUCACACUGCAAGAUGGAAACAUUGGUCUCAUCAAUGCAAAAAUCAUCAAGAGUACAGGAACUGAAGGAGGAAACAUCACAGUUAGAUGCUUGUUCUAUUUCUCUGGAAAGAGGAGGAUCUUCUGUAAGGACGAAUGUAAAGAUGGAGACAUUCUCAUUGACACAGAAGCGUACACAGCUCAGAGAGGCAGAUACAGCAUUAUAUAUGAAAAGAUUUCAUUGUUUAAGAUAAUUCUGUACGUGGGCAUCAGAAACCUGACUCAGUCUGACUCAGGACAGUACAGAUGUGGUUUGGUCGGUUAUUUCUCAUCCUCACCAUCAUACCAGAAGAUUGAGAUCCGAGUUACAGAUGCUCCAACCUCUCCUCUCAGACCUUCUUCACCAUCAGUCCCAUCGGCCUCACCUGAAGCCAGAGAGCAGCCUCGACAGAAACACACAAGUGCUCUGCUGUAUGUGGGUCUGACUCUGGUCCUCUUCUUCAUCAUGUUAUCAGUAGCUUUGCUGAUUUUCUGCAGGAUGAGAGCCAGGAAACCCAAAGAACCUCCUCUGGAAACGGAGUACUCUAAUGUCACAAAGGCCAACCGAGUGUAUGAGGAGAUCAGAGAGGACAGACAGAGCACAUCUCCUCCUGUAGAAGUGUCUACAGUUUACACUUACGCCAAAUACACCAAACCAGAUGGAGUGGAAACCACAGAGGAGUACAGCUUAGUCACUGCACCCACUUCUCAGAAGAAAACUGAAGACGACCGGAGUGACCUCACCUACUCUGAGCUGGAUCUUCCCAACGGUACAGCUGCCUCGCUGCACAGCGCCCCCUGUGGUGACCCAGAUAACGUGGUCUACUCUGUUCCUCGGGUAGAAGCCAGCUCGGCCGGCAGCCACGCCCAAGACUCUUCACCUCCUCUGUACUCUACUGUUACUUUACAUCAGCUGUAGCUUCAACGCUGUCAGCGCCACAUUUACUCUCUCAGGGGCCAACAGGGGACACAAAGGGCUUUGAAUGAGUCACAUUCACUCAAAGAAAUCUCUUUUUAUUGUUAUUGGGGACACUAUGUCAGUUACAGCUCACAUUAUGUUAUUUGUUUUUUUUUGGAUGAAAUGUUUUUCAUUAGCUCUAUGUGUUUAUUUCUUUUGCACAAGUAUAUGUUCUUAUAGCAGUUAUAUAUUAUAUUAUUAUAUACAGUAUUCUGUACUUUUCAAACUAUAGUGGAUGUGUUUAGGUGCUGAAUCCAGUAUUCAUGAG